AUGAAUUAAAUUUAAAUUCAAAAUCGACUAAAUUCUUUUCGUGCUACAUCAUAAAGAAAACGAAAUACUUCCCAAUACACAUAACAAUCAUAAGUGCUUGUCAAAAACAAGUGUGUAUAAUUUUAGAAGAUCAAAUAAAAUAAUCUGCUUGAAUUAUUACUUAUGGAUACUGGAACAAGAAUGCCAUCACCAAUAUCUAGUUAAAUUAGUGUAGGGAUAGGAAGAAUCCCAAAGGAUUUUUUUAAUUGA